CGUCCACAGCGAUAGGAGGAAAUGGAAGAGUAAAUCUACUAUUUGACACUGUAGAUAUACUGUUUGGCACUGUAGACAGAGAGGGCGUGGGAAACGAGGCAAGAGCAAAUUUGCUCUUGCUCUUGCCAUUGUGGACAGCCUAAAAUCGUUCCUCAUUCCAAACCAUCAUCGCAUCGCAGUUCCCCAAUCCGCCCCAACCCUCUCGCAACGCCAGCGACCGAAAUUCUCCCACAUCAGCAGAUAAUUUUUCCCUAGUUGCUGGGCGAUUCUUCUCCUACAAUCUUAGCUAACAAGAAACUUGUAGAUGGGCGGGACUUAGCUAGAAACACAUUGCAUUGAUUCUUGUUUGGGGUUCGUGGGUUAGGGCUGCAGGAACUGAGUGAGAAGCUAAGAUGAACGUCGCCGGCGAGGCGUGGGUUACUAACAGCAAGAAGUGGAGCGUCCUCUACCGUGUGUAUAUCGACUCCAGGAAGACGGUCGCGGAGGGCCGACGCGUCACCGCCGGCAAGGCCUGCCCCGACCCUACCUGCGGCGAGAUCGCCGAUUGCUGCUCGCACCUCAAUAUCCCUUGCCAUAUCGAGCCAGAUAAAUCGUACCCGAGGGAUUUCUUGCAGGUGGGGAGGGUGAGAGUGCAGCUCAAGAGGGAUGAUGGCUCCCUUGUUAACCCAGAGAUUGUUACUAAGAAGAAGCUGAUGCUCCAGGUUGCGGAGUUGGUUCCUAAGCAUCUUGGAAGGACUAGGAAGCAGGAACCUGCUUCCAAUUCUUCAUCAACAGCCCCAUCACAGCCGGGAAAGGUUUGAAGGAAGAAAAAGUAAUCGUGUCAUUUCAUUCACCGUUUGUUAAUUGCACAAACAUGACUAAACUCUGCCGAGUUGCUCUUGAGGUGUGAGAGAAAUAAUGAUCGGAACUAUGAAAUUAAGAGGGGUAGACUGAACUUUCAGUGGAACUGCUUUCUGCUUAGUUACAGGAGCUUAGCUGGUCGUGCAUACUGAAUCAACUGGCAGAUGUUAAGUUAGUUUUAAUUGAAUUCUGAAUAUGCAAAACCAUUACAUGGUA